AUGAAGAUCGCUCGUACCUCAUCAUUCCUCGCAACAUUCUUCAGCCUUCAACGAACAACAUCCGCGGAGCUCUCGUCCAGCAACACGACCUUCAAUCCUCUCCAGGGCAUUCAGCAGUUCCCAAUAUCCUCCUACAGCGGCAACAUGACACGUCUCGCACCCGUCAUCUCGCUCUCGCACGGCGGAGGUCCCAUGCCAUUACUCGGCGACCCAUCGCACGCCGCCAUCACCAAGUCGCUCAAGACCAAGGUGCCCAAGAUACUCAAGCUGGGGAAACCUGAAGCUCCAAAAGCUAUUGUGCUAGUAACUGCGCAUUGGAGUACAAGCAAGGUGACCGUUUCUAGCGGCUCCAAGCACGAGUUGUUGUACGACUACUACGGCUUUCCACCAGAGUCGUAUGAGAUCAAGCACGAUGCGCCUGGUAGUCCCGAGGUCGCAGAGCAAGUAGCACAAGCACUCAAGGAAGCCGGUAUCGAGUGUGAGAAAGAUGCUACAAGAGCAUGGGACCACGGCGUCUUCGUACCUAUGAAACUCAUCGACCCCUCGGCCACAACCCCGAUAGUCCAACUCUCGGUCCUUUCCUCCGAAUCCCCCACGCAAUCCUACGCCAUUGGCCGCGCCCUUUCCACUCUCCGCGCCCAAAACAUCGCCGUCAUCGGAAGCGGCUUUGCUACCUUUCACAACCUGCGUCUCAUGUUUGACGGAACAUCGCGAAACCCAGAGUUCAAGGCUUUGAACAAGGAGUGGAGUAAGGCGGUUACCGACGCAGCUAUGACGGAGAGCGACAAAGAGAGGGAAACCAAGUUUGAGCAUUGGAGAAAGUGGCCGGGAGCUUAUACUAUGCACCCCAGGGGUGGUGCGGAACAUUUCUUGCCGCUGGUUGUUUGUGCGGGGGCGGCUGCAGGGACGAAGGGGAGGAGUUAUGCUGAUGAUUUUGCGGGGACGGAUAUGUGGAGUUAUUAUUGGGAGGAAGGGAACUCGCUGGGCUGGUUGUGA